CAGAUAAGCUGAGAUCCAGCUAUGCAAACCAUGUUUAGAGACACUUAAAGGACAAGCAUCCCAGGUCCGUCCUUUCUGGUAAAUUUGGAGAAGCCAUCACACCGGAUCUUUUUUCACAUCCAGCCCAUGCAGACUGAGCAGCUAAGACUUGACAGAGGUCAGGACAGUUGGACGUCUCCUUGUACAACAUGCCUCGGUUAAGCCUCUCACCCAUGUUUUCAAUGGGAUUUCAUCUGUUAGCUCUGAUGGCUUUCUUAUUUUCCCAUGUGGACCAUAUAACUGCUGAGACUGAAAUGGAAGGAGGAGGAAACAAUACCGCUGAAUGUACCGGCUCAUAUUUUUGCAAGAAAGGGGUGAUUUUGCCUAUUUGGGAGCCCCAAGACCCUUCCUUCGGAGACAAGAUUGCUAGAGCUACUGUGUACUUCGUGGCCAUGGUCUACAUGUUUCUGGGAGUCUCUAUCAUUGCCGACCGGUUCAUGUCCUCUAUUGAAGUCAUCACAUCCCAAGAAAAAGAAAUAACCAUAAAGAAACCCAAUGGAGAGACCACCAAGACAACUGUGAGGAUCUGGAAUGAGACUGUAUCCAACUUGACCUUGAUGGCCCUGGGAUCUUCUGCUCCUGAGAUUCUGCUUUCAGUUAUUGAAGUGUGUGGCCAUAACUUCACUGCGGGAGACCUGGGGCCCAGCACCAUUGUGGGAAGUGCUGCCUUCAACAUGUUCAUCAUCAUUGCACUUUGUGUUUACGUGGUCCCUGAUGGAGAGACGAGGAAGAUUAAGCAUCUGCGUGUGUUCUUCGUGACGGCAGCCUGGAGCAUCUUUGCCUAUACCUGGCUGUACAUUAUUCUGUCUGUCAUCUCUCCUGGUGUUGUGGAGGUCUGGGAAGGUUUGCUUACUUUCUUCUUCUUUCCCAUCUGUGUGGUGUUCGCCUGGGUAGCAGAUAGGAGGCUGCUGUUUUACAAGUAUGUCUACAAGCGGUAUCGGGCUGGCAAGCAGAGGGGAAUGAUCAUUGAACACGAGGGGGACAGGCCAUCUUCCAAAACGGAAAUCGAAAUGGAUGGGAAAGUAGUCAACUCUCACGUUGACAAUUUCUUAGAUGGCGCUUUGGUUCUGGAGGUCGAUGAGAGGGACCAAGAUGAUGAAGAGGCUAGGCGAGAAAUGGCGAGGAUUCUGAAGGAACUGAAGCAGAAACAUCCAGAGAAAGAAAUAGAGCAGUUAAUAGAAUUAGCCAACUACCAAGUCCUAAGUCAGCAGCAAAAAAGUCGAGCAUUUUACCGCAUCCAAGCUACUCGCCUGAUGACCGGAGCUGGCAACAUUUUAAAGAGGCAUGCAGCUGACCAAGCAAGGAAGGCUGUCAGCAUGCACGAAGUCAACACGGAAGUGGCUGAAAAUGACCCGGUGAGCAAGGUCUUCUUCGAGCAAGGGACAUAUCAGUGUCUGGAGAACUGUGGUACUGUGGCCCUGACCAUUAUCCGCAGAGGUGGGGAUUUGACCAACACUGUGUUCGUUGACUUCAGAACAGAGGACGGCACGGCUAAUGCUGGGUCUGAUUAUGAAUUCACUGAAGGAACUGUGGUCUUUAAACCUGGCGAGACCCAGAAGGAAAUCAGAGUUGGCAUCAUUGAUGACGACAUCUUUGAGGAGGAUGAAAAUUUCCUUGUGCACCUCAGCAAUGUCAAAGUAUCCUCUGAAGCUUCAGAAGAUGGCAUCCUGGAAGCCAAUCAUGUCUCCACUCUUGCUUGUCUCGGAUCACCCUCCACGGCCACUGUAACCAUUUUUGAUGAUGACCACGCAGGCAUCUUUACUUUUGAGGAACCUGUGACUCACGUGAGUGAGAGCAUUGGCAUCAUGGAGGUGAAGGUAUUGAGAACAUCUGGAGCUCGAGGAAAUGUUAUCGUUCCCUAUAAAACCAUCGAAGGGACUGCCAGAGGUGGAGGGGAGGACUUUGAGGACACUUGUGGAGAGCUGGAAUUCCAGAACGAUGAAAUUGUCAAAACAAUAUCAGUCAAGGUAAUUGAUGAUGAGGAGUAUGAGAAAAACAAGACCUUCUUCCUUGAGAUUGGAGAGCCCCGCCUGGUGGAGAUGAGUGAGAAGAAAGCCCUGUUAUUGAAUGAGCUUGGUGGCUUCACAAUAACAGGCCAACCUGUCUUCAGGAAAGUUCAUGCUAGAGAACAUCCGAUUCCCUCUACUGUAAUCACCUUCGCAGAGGAAUGUGAUGACAAACAGCCGCUGACCAGCAAAGAGGAAGAGGAAAGGCGCAUUGCCGAGCUGGGACGGCCCAUCUUAGGAGAGCACACCAAGCUGGAAGUGAUCAUUGAAGAGUCCUAUGAGUUCAAGAGUACUGUGGACAAACUCAUUAAGAAGACAAAUCUGGCCCUGGUGGUGGGGACAAACAGCUGGAGAGAACAGUUCAUCGAAGCCAUCACUGUCAGUGCUGGGGAAGAUGAUGACGACGAUGAAUGUGGGGAGGAGAAGCUGCCCUCCUGUUUUGAUUACGUGAUGCACUUUCUGACUGUGUUCUGGAAGGUCCUGUUUGCCUUCGUCCCUCCUACGGAAUACUGGAAUGGCUGGGCAUGCUUCAUUGUCUCCAUUCUCAUGAUUGGCCUACUGACAGCUUUCAUUGGAGAUCUGGCUUCCCACUUUGGUUGCACCAUUGGCCUGAAAGAUUCCGUGACCGCCGUCGUGUUUGUUGCACUUGGAACUUCAGUGCCAGACACCUUUGCCAGCAAAGUGGCAGCCACCCAGGACCAGUAUGCUGAUGCAUCCAUAGGCAACGUCACAGGCAGCAAUGCAGUGAACGUCUUCCUGGGAAUCGGCGUGGCCUGGUCCAUCGCUGCCAUCUACCACGCAGCCAAUGGGGAACAGUUCAAAGUGUCUCCUGGCACACUAGCUUUCUCUGUCACUCUCUUCACCAUUUUUGCUUUCAUCAAUGUGGGGGUGCUGCUGUAUCGGCGGAGACCAGAAAUCGGAGGUGAGCUCGGUGGGCCCCGGACUGCCAAGCUCCUUACAUCCUCCCUCUUUGUGCUCCUGUGGCUCUUGUACAUUUUCUUCUCCUCCCUGGAGGCCUACUGCCACAUAAAAGGCUUCUAAAGGAACAUCAAAUAUAGUAAAUUUAUAUAUAUAUAUAUAUAUGCAUAUAUAUAUAUACAUAAAAAUUAUGUAUAAUGAACAGAGGAAAUUGACAUUUGUCAUGUUCACUUACCUGCUGAUGGAAUCCAGCUUCAAGAGCAUACUUUGUACUAGGGCCAAAGUCAGAAACCAUCACCUCCCAUUCCCAGGGGCAUAAUCAUGCUGAACAAGGCGCAGAGGCAGGGCCAUAUUUGCAGCUCGGCCUACAAGAGCUGUACUCUCUCCAGGUUCAUAAAUUGUUAAGGCUUUGAUUUGUUUUCUUGUUUUUCUGUUUUGUUUUCAGUGGGGUUGAGGAGGUGGCUGAUGUUUGCCUUUGCUUUUUGUUUUGUUUUGUUGGGAGGGUCAGGGUUUUCGCUUCCCUUUGUGAGAGGUGAUAACCCAUCCAAAUGUAAAUGGGUUUGGGGUAAAAAUUGAAAUCAUUAAGAUACCCCCUCCCUCGCCUCCUCCAAACACUUUAAAAAAUGACUUUGGAUUAAGAAAGGAUCUGGGCGUGGAAGAAGAAAGAAGCACAGCACAUCUUCACUCGAUUACCAAAUUUCAUGCUUCUCUCCACAAUGUGAGCAGACGGACGCUGCCUCCAAGAAGAAGCAUGGGAGCUGGGACGGAGCCAGGAAAAGCGAUGGUUCUUGAUAUAGUCUAUUAUUGAAGGAUGUGGUGCCUGGCACUCUUGUUCAACAGGUACAAGGAUAAUGUGCCUAGAUUCCCAGGAACAUGCAAAACCCUUUAUUUCUUAUCUCUUGAACUCUGGACUGUGAUUCACAAGGCCCUAUUCAUUCCAACCCAGGUAACUCCCCAGGUGUCCCAUCCCAGCCCUCCUCCUGCCUACCCACUCUCCAUGCGAACAGGAAGAACAAUCCCAUUCAAAAAGCACAUCAUCCUUUUCCAUUUGCAUCAGUAUAUGUGUCCCAGUCCCAUGUUGCUGCUGCUGCCUGGGAUUGUCCGUCAGUUUUAUUUUCAAAAGUAUCCGUGGCUCGCACAAUCCAGUCCCAGUCGCUACCGAACAUUUGCUCCUUCUUCAUGUGCCUGUUUGGGAAUGUUGUUGUGAUACCUGUUACACAGUGCAUGGAUGAAAAACAAAACAAAACAAAGUGUAUCUGUAUAUAGUAGAGUAUAGCAUAUACUGUUCUCCCAUUCAGCAACGUUGAUUGGACGUUGAAGACAUAAGUGAGCUUUCUUUUCACCUGAGUUGUUGCUUUCAUGUUGUUAUUGAGUUUGAUUAUUACUAGGGAUAAAAGGAGAAAAAUGGCUCAUUUUUUCAUGCACAUUCAUUCUAAGAAGCAAUAACAGUCUUGUGGGGAAAAGCUAAAGUUUUUGAGAGGCUAGCAGGCAACCUACAAAGAUCUUUAUGGAAAAUUAGCCACGUGGAACAUAUCGGAGGCCUCUGUGAAUCACCCAUUAAUUCAGGAAGGCCAAAGAGAAAGGUGUUGGAGAGAAGUGAAUACGUGGGAUAUGCCUGGCUUUCAGAACCACCAUGUCCACAACACCCCUUCCCCCAAAGUAUUUAUUGCACAUCUGCUCUGUCUGGCACAGAUGUUAGAUGGCACUGGUCUGUUCAUUUUAUUUUUUUAUGUAAAAGGCAUUAUUGAGUCCUGUUUCUUUCACCAUCCAGUCCAGACUCCUCUGAUUAUAUCAGUAGUUCCCAAGUAGGAAAGAAGCCAAGAUAACCAAUGGGCCUUUAAGUGUUUCUCCUCUACUUAUGAUGAAAAGAAGGUAAUUAAAUGAGAUUCGUGUCUCCCAGAGGAUUGCACUGGGAGGUUUUAACCCUUGAAAAGGAAUGGCUCUUUCUAUUUCAAAAUACCAAAGAGUGUAGAUCAACCCAACAUUCCAAAAAGUGAUUCCACUAAUGAGUAAAAUUGGAAUGACUGUUCACCUCUCAGAGACUUCUCAGUCUCUUAAGGAAAUCCAGGCCGGAGACAUCCCUGGCCCUCUGUAUUCAUUCAAAGAUACAAAAAAAAGAAACAUUGUUGAGGUCUAUUUUCUCUUCCUCUACUCAGUAAUCAUGACCAUUCACCAUUUAUUAAAUGCUUGGUGAUGGAGUAAAUAAUGAAAUGCUGGUCGUCCACUCAACAGGCCAGGUAGAAUACUGUUUCCUGGGGCCCAAGGCAUGACCAAGGCAGCCCAGCUUCCUGCCCUCAGCAGGGUACACAGAGAAUCCAAUUACCAUUUCCACGAGUAAAAGUUAACACAACCAUAUGGGAACAGUUUUAUCUUGCAAGGAUGAACACAAUUAUGAAAAUGUUUAAUAUGAACACAUAAUUGUACAGAUAAAAUUGUCCGAAUAUCAAAGAUUGUCUUUAAGAAGAUGUAAAGUUUAGAUUUGAAGAACACCCUCCUUAUGCUUGGCCAACUUGCAGAUACAUGUGUCUCCCCAUUUUAAACCAAGAAGGGCAAUCAUGUGGUGAUGCACAUCACUGAGCAGACCCAGUUAACCUCAGUUUUUACCAUUGUGGCAACAGUACUUUUCCAGGACCCAUCUCUGACCUGUCAUUGACAACCAACACUGGUGACUGCUAUAGGGACACAUUCUAACCCACUUCCCACCCCCCAACCAAGAUUUAAAAAAUGGAAAGCUAGCCUAGAAACACCAAGUAAAUAAGGGAAGGGAUACAGGUAUUUAAACUUUAGAAAGAUUUUGCACUCAUUUCUAGCCAUAUUUGGAAUGUCAGUAACCCCUUAGUGAAUCUUCACUUUAAAAGAACCCUUAAGAAAUUCUUGCUGUUGGUGGAUUUCAAUUUUGAAACAUUUUGGUUUGUUUGCCUUUUCAGUUUUCAUGCUAUAGAGAAAAUACGAUUCUCAUUAUUCAGGGUUGUUAUUAUUAUAGUUGUGUAAAAUUAUUUCAUUUGAUUUGUUUGAUUAUUUUAUUUUGUGUGUAUUGUGCACAGCUUUAGGGGGGAAAUGCACUAAUUGUGCUGUUCCUUAUAAAUGGUACACAUAUUGACACAGACCAAUAAAGUUUCUAAUUGUUUCUGAUUUAAUCACUAGUGAUACAGCAUAGUCUGUAUGCAGUGUUUUCUCUCUUCUCAUUGUCAUUGACUUCAUCUUUUUGUUUUCAUGUUUUGAAGAAAUAAAAACCAAAAAGGUAUAAUUGUGCAGUUGGUAUCCUCAUCCAGGUGAAAGAGACACCCAGUAUUCAAACUCUUGCAAAUGUCAACCCUAUGGUAAUGCAACAUUCUCUUUUUAAUGUCCCAAGAGGACACAGAGCCAGAAUAUUUGUCUGUCCUAUAAUGCUGAGAUAAAUGUUGGAUGUUCCUCCAUUUCACUAUUUUUUUUACAUCUUUUUAGUACAAUUCUAUCUUCAUCCUUCCUGCCUCCAAGAAAAUGAAGCCCAAAACAAUUGCAAGUCAGGCAGCUUUUUAGCAUGCAGUGUAUUAAAUCAAAUCCUUCAACCCAAAUAAAACUGAUCAUGGGAAGUGUAAUUAUUUCCCAAGGGACACCGAAGUAAAUUUUUCUUUCAGUAUACUACACUGUAUUCCUUUUCAUUCCCAGGAGAACUUUUUUUUCCCUUUCACUAAUAAUGUGACUAUUUUUAUAAGUUAUUGACUUCAUAUUUCAUAUAAUCAAAACAGCAAAGGAAGAGAUGACACCACAAAUGGAAUAAUAAUUUGGGGAGCAAAUGUGAUCUCUUACUAUAAUAGAAUAUGUGCACUGGGUACACAUAAAUGAUACAUUAUCCAUCUGAACAUCCAUCCCUAAAAUUUUCCAUAGAAUUCAUUAUCACAUUAUAUGGUCAUAGGUGGCACAUUUUCAUGUGUUAAGGAAAUAAUGUACAAUUUAAAUGUUUUCUUGAAACAAAAAAUUGAUAUGUAUUAAAUUGAUAUCUCUUCUGGGUACAAAUCUUCAGUUUAACACAAAAGGAGCAGUCAGAAUAGACUUUUUUGAACAGCCAAAUGAGUAAUUUGAUGAACAGAGAACCCUUGACCAUUUAACAACCUUUGGCAAAAUGCUGUGGCCCAAUAAUUCUAUACUUCUUAUGAGCAAAUUUUAACUUGUUCAAAGAUUCUGAUUAAAUAUAUCUACCAGUGAAGAUUUUAUAAAACUUGCUUUUUAUAGUUUGCAGCAUAAAUGCACUAAUUUUUAUUAUUAUUUUCAAAUAUAUUAAAUUACAUAAUAUGCUUUUUUAAAGAAAUCCUACAAAGAUUCUGAUAAGUUGCUGUCAUCUGAUGCAAUGCCCCCUCCCAACAGUGUCUACCUAGAAAAACUCACUAUCCAUUCGGCCUUUUCUACAUCUGGCUUGACUCAUUGUUGAUUCUGCAGCUCCAGGUUUCUGAACUUAACCUGUUAAAGUGAAAUUGACUGUUUGUUCUGCAUACCCCGGAGAACUUUGGAAAAAAUUGGAAAUAUUUCUCUGGUAGAUGAUGAAGCCCUUUGCUUUCUAAUGGUGAUAAAACUUCCCGUUUCAAGAACGUAAAUCAAGAAACAUUGAUUUAUCUUAAGACUUCUUUUGCUGUUGCAGGUCUAAAGAUGUGAAAUUCUCUUUUGAUUCUGAUCUCCUGUCUCUAGGAUCAUAGGCAGUUGCAUCAGAGCAAGUCCUGAGUAUAGUUUCAUGACCUCAGGAACACUUGGCCAUUUUGUGGUUGACCACGUACAGUGUUGGAUCUCAUCCUCACCUGCUGCUGGGAUUCAGCUUUGCUUGUAAAAAAUCAUUCCAUUUGGCCAAGCCAUUCUAGCUGCUGGCAAAAUUGAGCAGAGAUAAAUGUGAAUUUCAUUUGACAAAUAAGUGAGUUCAUUAUGUAGAAGAGACAUACAAAAUUGUAUUUGUCUUAUGAGAAAGAAACAUGUUAAUAAUGGAUUCAUUAGCUUUUGUUCAGAUCUACCGGCAGAUUUGUGUUAAUGGGUUGUCUUUCUGCUAAUCUUUUCUAAUAUUAUGCACUUUUCACUCCUUGCCACAUCUAUUGUCUUUGUAUCACCCAGCCAACAUCAUCCGGCGGCCCUGAUGGUAUUCCACCUGCCAGGAUAGCAUGGGAAGGGUAAACAACUGAAAUAGGUAUUUCAUUUGUUGAAGCUUAAUCAGCCUAUGGCUAUUCAUCUCCCAAAGUAGAGAAUGUCUUGUCUAUAGAAAGAGCAACCACCAAGAGGUGGGGAGAGAAUGCUUCAGCUUUCGAGCUCCUAAGAAAUGGUAAGUAUGCAGCUUUCUGUGACUUUUCUCUGCCUUCCAAGAUGUCCACAUGAUGCACUCAGAAGCUCUCCAAAUUUUCAGUUUUGUCAAAGGUCCUCUAAUUUAAUCUCAGGAGCAUUUAAAUCAGUGGUUUUGUAAAUGACUAUUUUUAGGAAAAAGCAUUAUUUCAUCAUCUAAUCUUUCCUUUCCCUACUGUCAAUCUUUGCAAUUCCUCCACUAAGCUACUCCACUGCAUUUGGUUGCCCUUAGUGAUGCUCACGGGUAAUUCUCCACAAUGGGGAAAAGGUUUGUGCUAAAAGUGACAGGUUAGAGAAUGUGAAAGUGAACUUAACAUAGGAAAAAUUAAACAUGAUGACAUUUCACUAGAAAAGAUUCAUUAGAACAUAGUAUGGUAUCUCUGCAAAUGUUUAGGAUAAGUUAUGCCCUACAGUUGCAUACUAUGGCAGUAUUAUUUAUUUCAUCCCUGUUUGAAUCACACUUGUCAUGUCACAUUGCCCAUCUACCUGGUCUUCUAUCAGUAUGUGCAGAGAUAAAUUGGAAACAAACAACAACACACCCAGCCCCAGGCUCCAUGAGAAUUUCUAUAAAGGUGAAAUAUAUAAAUAUAGAAAAAUAUAAUGUAUGGCUUCUGUGCCUUUAAGAAAUAUCAGUGAGUCAAAUACUUCUCAUAUUAUAUGAAAUGGUAGGAAGAUUCACAUUAAUAACCAAAAACACCAAGAGAAUAAUUAGCUAACAUCAAUGUUACUGAGCCAAAUUUGACAGUUAAUACACAACCCAACCCUCCUAAUUUUCUGACUGCAAAGAUGGCUAUAUUUAGCCAAAUCUAAGAAUGUACUGGGGGAAGGGGAAAUUAAUGUACUAGGAUGAUUAUAUAGCCCUGUUUAUUAUAAUUAUCUAUUCAUCUGAAAAGAUCGGGCUUAGAGAUUUUUUUUUCAGACAACUGUCCCUACAUUCCAAAAUAACUUUUAAUUUACAGAACAUUUUAUUAGACCCCUCUGAAGCCAUGUAUGAGAAAAGAGAAAUUUGCUAUGGAGAAUUUUCUAAAUCUGGAAUUGUAGGUUGGAACUGACCCACUCUCUAAUGUGAAGAACAAUACAAAAAACAAUUCUACUAAACAAAUACAUAAGCACUUUUCAAAAUAUUUCACCUAAAAAAACAAGGAACAAACCAAACUGUUGAAGAUAAAACUGAUAUGAUCCAAAUGCCUAGCUUUGAAAAAAUAUUGAAUACCUUUCUCAUGUUUGCAUUUCAUUUUGAAAAAUACUCCAAAGAAGAAAUUGUGAAAGAUUUUGAAUUCCAACAAUUUUCAAAUAAUGAAUAUGGCUAAAAUAGUGAUAUGGGUGAUACUUAUCUACAUUGUUGGCAAGAAUAUAUUUUAAAAUGAGAGAAUUUGGCAUGAAGCCAACAUGUUAAGUGGUAUCUCAUCACAUAUUAGUGUUGUCUGGGAUAUUUGAAAGUUAUUACAUUAAAUUAAGAUGUAUUCCCAGUUUCAAGAGACAACUGUAAGAUUUAAUAUUAUAUUCUAGGAUUUUUAUGAAAAUUGAAUCUGGACAUAUAUAAUAUUUAGCUUUGACAACCAAUGAAAAGUAUCCUUUUGGCACACUUCAGUUUUAUUGAGUAAUUUAGUGGAAUACACUGAACUUAUACAAUGUGUCAUUACAAAAUGCCUUCAAUAAUUUCUUCCCUUCCAUUAUUUUUAAGCCAUAAAAUUUCUAAAUUGCCCACCUUGAUAAUUUGAUAACUUAAUACUUUCAUUUAUUUUUAAAAGACACCAUUCUGAUAUUGUUAUUUUCAUUUCAGAAUUUUGAUAUUUAAAUAAUCAAUACUAGAUGGAUUAUUGAACUUGAGACUAGUCCAAAUAAAGUACAAAUCCCAGACAGCUCUAUCAAUAGUUAAAUGCUUCUGAAACACUGGCCUUUUAAGGCACAGCAAAUGUAAAUGUUGUUCUUAAUCUUUUCUCUUUCAAAAAUUUCCAUUUCAACUUGUGCAAAAAUACACAGAAAAUCUUUGAAAUGCUAGUUGUUCUUUCUCUUGAGAAUCAGACAUUGUUUCAGGAUUAGAUCCCCUCUAUCCCAUCUCUCCUAGACUAUAGAAAUACAUAUAUAAAAACAGAAAUCUAUUACUUGUGUCAAAUGACCUGAACUACAUUUUGGAUGUCUAGAAUUGUCCAGAAGUUCAUGUCAGGUUAAUGUUCCUUUUUAUCAGCUCUCUUGAGUAAUUGGAAAAAGGUAGAGAGGCAUGGAUGGAAGCACAUUCUUGAUUAUAUAUAUUAAAUGCAAAAUGUGGUUGUUUGAAAAACUGCUUCAAAUAAUGUUAAUGACAUAUAUCCUUCCAAAACAGAAAUUCAUUUUUAAAAGAAAAAAAUAUAUUUUCUUCCUUUUACUUAGCAAGCAUUUCUGUUAGAAAGUCUUUAAGAUUGAUUAGGAUUUCCUCAGCCUUUGAAGUGGAGAUAUUGAAAACACUUCUUGAAACAAGGAUAUUCUGGUCAAGGUCAAACUCUGGGAGUAAAAGGAUAAAAUUUUAUAUCUUCCUUUGAAACACAGCCCUGAGCAGGCAGCAACCAUAUAUCAGUUGACAUUUUCUAAGGUGUUUUAACAUGCUGGGAGAAAAAAAAAAUGUAGUCCCAUCCAGUCCUGCCACAGACACUAGACAUAUACCAUGUUGCUCUAGUUUAGCUGAGAUAUUCUCAACUGAAUCAGCUCCUAACUUUCAUAUAUACUGAUUGGCUUAUCUCUAGUAUUUUCCCUCCAAGAUCCUAUUAAUAGGCAAACUGCCCUUUCAACCAGUUGACACAUAAGAUUUCUCUAAGGAAUCUUGUCAGGGUAAGGAGUUGGGUGUAGAGGGGGCAUAAUAUUGGAGCCAAAUCAUUGGAACCCAUUUGACCAUCUUCCACAUUACAUAUUGGACUCUAUUUGGGACAUAUACCCUUUGAAAUAGUGGAAAGACUCUUAUUGCUAUUUCAUCAACAGAACUUUUUUGAUAUUGGAUCUAAGCAAGGAUAACAUCAUAUAAAAACUGAAAGUUAUCCUUUUUUAGCUACAAUUAUUAUUGUUAAAUUUGCAAGAAAAUUUUGUCUUUGAAGUUUCCAUCCAAAACUCCAAGGAGAAUGGGGUUUCUGCUGCCAUCAGCAAUCUUAUAAGAAAUCUAACACUCCAAAUCCUUUGUGACUCAGAUGAUAUUAUGGUAAAUAUAUUUUUGAAACUUAGUCUUGAUAUUCUCAAGUUGCUCUUACAAAUCUGCAUAGAUUUACUUUCUUUUUUUUUUAAAACAGGCACACUUCUAAUCAAAAUGAAAUGGGAAUUUUUCCAAUAACUGGUUGUAUCUUGUUGAGAAAUGAACCCAAAGAAGCUGUGAGCACUUGGUUGACUCAGCAACUCUUCUUUUAUGCCCCCUUUUACUUCUGAUUUAAUCCCUAUGCACAUCCUUCAGAAACAACUGCAAAUAGUGAGAGAAUAGUCAAAAGCAGAAGAGUCAUUUUUCUUUUCAAAAUGGGCUAAAUUUGCUUGUCAUUAAAAAUUUGUUUGCAUUUUAAAACUUCAAAACAAAUGGGGAUGUUUAUAAUGCCAAAUCUGAGGCAAAGAUUGCAUUUUUGCAAAGCUACCCAGAAAAUGUAUGACAGUUACUAAGACACAGAAUUUAGCAACCUGUCAGUGCCCAACCAUAGCUUCCCUUAUUCCAUUCACACAGUAUCUAGACGCAAAUAAGCAGUUGGGCAGGAGAGACAGGUUACUAUUAAUGUCAUAACCACAUCACCAUUCAGUUACUACCUGGGUUCAGGAACUAGGCAAAACAUCUGUCAAUCCCCAGGCUAUAUGGGCAACCCAGUUUACUAUCUUGUUGGAGUUGGUCUGUGGGCAUUAGAACAAUGCAAGAAGUAUUUUGUUCCUUUGAUGUAUUAUCUGCAGUGAUUCCUUUCUUCUCUGAGCCAGUGUCUUGGGUGUGACUUUAACUUUUCCAUAUAGUUCAGUCACAUGCUUGUUGUCUGGAUGAGGGCAAACCUUUCUUUCCAAACUUGUUGUCAUGGAACCAAUCUUUAAAAACACUGAGAAUAGCACAGCCAAGUGAAUUGGACCUAGCAAUGAAAAUUCUAAACUUUUUCUUUUUCUGAACUUGCUUUUUCUUUUCCUCCCACGAAAAUAUUCUUACACUCCAACUCUGGAAGUCAUAUCAUUAGUAAAAUGAAAAUAAUUUCUUUGUCACUGCUUAGAAUUAAACCAUACUUCUUCAGACCUUCCAUAAACUAACAUCAGAUUCAUGCAUAAUAAUAUUGAGCCUUUACCCAAAACUCGGUUUUGUGAAAACAUAAGAACUCUUUUGGGUUCCUUUAAAGCAACUGAUGAGGUAUUUAAUGAUAUUUGAAAACAACAGAGAAGAAAGGAGGGUUCUGCAAGGCUGCUGGGUUAGAGGAGGAAGGGCUUUGUCAGACUUUCUUCAUAUUUUGCUUUUCCUGAUAAGUUUUAUCUAUCUUGGUUCCUAGUGGAAUAUUUUCCAUAUUUCUUCUGUGGGGGGAUUCUGACAUAGCUCUAGUCUCUGCCUUUUAUUUUCCACUCUCCCAGGAGAAACAGAACAGCCAUUCCAGAGCCUGUAAUCUAGAAAAGCAGAGAAAAUGGCAGGUACCAGAUGGAUCCAGAAGUUUUGAUGGAUCCAGAGUUUUGUACAAAAUUACACAUCAUUCUGUCUCUAUAUUAACCUUGUGCUCACUAAACUGCCUUCUUAAAGUGACUGGAGCUAGAUAAAUAUCAAUUAGAAAAUUACCCAAGGAAAAAGAAUCAGAAAGAGGGCAGAAAAUUAGUGAGUUUAGCAAUUCUGUCUUCCAGGAUCACCUUAUAUUCAGUUACAACUUAAACAACCACCACCACCACAAAACAACAACUCAGUCAAGGUGGUAGAGCAAUUUUAAAAUCAGAUGUCAAUCUAUUAUAUUUUUUCUGAUACACAAUUCCAUAAAGCUCAAGUUGCCUCGAGUAUAGUAUGAGGCAUCCUAAGGUGGUAUGAAGAAUUCAAGACAUAGUAACUGAAAACACUUAACACCAGACCUGGAUUUCAUCAGAAAGGGUCUAAGUAUGAUAUUCUAACUACGUUAACCUUUCAUUUUGAUCUAGAGAUAUUUUAUCAAUUUGCAACUGCUUAAUAAAGCUAUUCUAAAACCUAUCAAGAAACUUCCCUUUAAUAAAAUUAGAAAUACUAAUUUUCUUAAUACUAAGUUCCUUAAUUUCAUCCUUCACAUCAAGAUGAAUGGAUCCAGACUCUAUUAACACAUCCCAGAAUCAUCCAUGAGCCAACCAAUCCCAUGUGAGUUUGACAUAUAGUCCUUUAAGUGACAUUUCAAGCUGUGAAAAGCCCCUUACAAAGAUAAUUUGCCUCAUCAUUGCUGAAUUUCUUCUUUCUAGUGGGUGUUGCUACUAAGUCACUGCUAAAUGUUCUUAACUCUGCUUAUUGCUCCUCUGAUUUGAGGCAUUUGGCUCUAUUUCAGUUAAUUAAAACUCCAAUUAGUACUUUAGCAGCUAGAGAAGACCUCAGCCUUCAUUUCUGAAUAGAUAAGGUUCUCCUCAUUUUAACACCAAAAGUCACCAGGGAAUGGGACCUGAAACUUUUCUCUUUUGAAAAUGGUCAUGUAAUAGUUUCAGAGGUUCAUGAAUUUGCAGAUCUCUCUGGACUUGAAUUUUCUCACCAUUACAUGAAGAGCCUUGGCCUUUGGCUCGAUUUUCCAGAACAUAUCAAACUCCAUAUGAUCCUUGUUAUCAUGCAUUUGUGGGUCUGGGUUGAAGGUGCUGUAGGCUAUGAACGAGUUGCUCCCCCUCAUAGUUGAUUACCAGAGCAAGUGUCAAGACAAUAAAACCAUAAAGUCUGGUAAAAAAGUAAAGAUUUAUUUUUAAAUAUUUGUACACUGCUGGAAAAAAAAAACUUUUCCUGAGGAGAGUGAAGGAUUUCUUCCAUCUGAAGAAACAUCCAAUAAGAAAUGUGAUAAGACUGAAAUGGAUUUCAAAUCAGUGACCUUAAGACUGAAUUUGUUAUUCUUCUAAAGGAUAAACUGUGAGUUCACAGUCUCCCACAAUAAUUCCACUUCUAUUUUUUAUUCUUUGUAUUUGAUGAAAACCUUUUAAGAGAAAGAGACUGACAGCAAUUAUUUUACAAAAGCAUGUGAAUUAUAAACAGGAUGUGCAAUGACCAGGAAGAAAGAUAUUUAAAGGUACAAUACAAAGGAAAAUGAAAAAGGAUAUCAUUUGCUACAGAUUCAACUGUUUUUUAAAUGCCUCCUUUGUUGUGGAGAAAAUGACUACUCAAGAAGAUUUCAUAAAAAGACUUAAAUCACACCCUUAGCAAUCAUCUGGUCUGCCAUACCCCAAAUGCCUCAUUAGCAAAAUGAAAUUGAACACAGAGAAAAUAUAGCAAGAGAAUGUAGAAAUUUUCAUGGGCAAGAGAAAGAAAAAGCAAUCAAAGUGAACUCUGCUUGUAUCAACAAUGACUGUGUUAGGGGAAUGAAUGUAAGCAUUCCCUUGAAGGAAUCCCAGUUGGAAUGUCAUCAGAAAUGGCAAAAAAACAUUUCAAUGUCACAGCAGUAAUAUAUUCCAACUUGAUUAGCACCAAGGCACAAAGCCAAAUUUGGAAGGGGGGAAAGUUAACAAUAUUGACAUCACAACAGAUAAAGUGAUUUUGUAUGCUUCAAUGUUAAGAGAGAAAAUUAAAAUAGAUAAUAUUUUGUUAUAACUGUAAUAAUUUCUGGGACUGCCACCUAGGGAUAAAAAUACUCUUCUUUAGUUACAGUAGACAUUGUAUUUUUGUCUUUCAAUAAGUCCCUCACAUUGAAUUUGACCCCCAUUUCAGAUUUGAUUAGAAAUAGUAAAUUGAAAAUGUAGGUUUUUCUGUCUUGUUUUCAACAAAUAUGCACCCUCAGUGUUUUCUGAGGACUACCUUGAGCCAUCCUGGUUGUGCUGUCAAUCAAUGGCAGGUGCUUGUUUAAGGAAGAGAACCUGUGAACAGAUUCAGCCUACCUUCCACACAGGCAGCUGCCUUUUCAUUCUCCAACUCCUUGCCCCAGUCCCAUCUUUUAAAUGAGUCCAGGUCUAUCUACCAGUCAAAUCAACUACUGACGACAUGAUUAAUUUAAUUCUUAGUCAACUGAAUUUUCAUGGACAGUCCUUUGAUGGUCUUCCCUCUGUUUAGUCUUUUAUGAAAGUCUUGCAUUUGAUAAACUUUUAACAAGGCCUUCACUAGAAAAAGUCAACAAACACAUUUGAGUUCAAUCCAGAAGCUGAACAAAUUUAGUUGCUAUGUGAAUCAUCCUGAGGUGAGAGGGAGAAUAUCACCUACAUUGCAAGAGAGAAUUAUAGUGCUAUUACUAAAAUAAUAUCCUAUGAAGAGAGGUCAUAGAAUUUUUUUAAAUAGCCUGGCAGGAACUCACACUUAAUAAUAUAAAAAUCAUGUUCUCUGUUUUAUAGGGAUGUCAUAGGUUGAUGGUAAAUUUGAAUCAGGUUUUAUUUGCAGGUUUAUUCUAUAGUUGACAUGGUUCUUAGACUUCUGAAUCUGAAGACUUUCUAUAAUUAAACUAGCAUUAUAGGAAUUUCUAGGGGGGACAUUUCAUUUUACCUUCAUGUUCCACUUGCAAUUAAGGUGAUAUAUGGUGUGUUUUAGAAUAAGCUACAAUUACGAUUUUUAAAGUUUGGUCUCCAGAAAAACUAAUUAGAAAUUUGUUAGAUAUGCACAUUAUCAAGUCCCACCUGAGACCCCAUGAAAAAUCCAUGAAUCAGAAAUUCAUAGAUUAGGCUCAGCAAUAUGGAUUUUAACAAGUCCUUCAGAUGAUUCUGAUGCAUGCUCAAAUUGAAAACCAUUGUUCUGUAUGGCCAAAAAUAAUCAAUGUCACCCACUGUUUAACUCUGCUUGCUCCAAGGAAGAAGCUUGAAAGCUUCAUUGUAAACUCAUUCUAGGUACAAUUUGAUCAGAUAUAUGGGGAGAAACAUCCACCAUUUAGACUCAGAAUAUAAUUUGAAGGAAAAUUAAUUCUUACAACUGUUUAUUUUUCCCCCGGUAUAACUGGGCUUAAGGUAGUCUCUUCAAUCACAGAGAUUUCUGAUCCGUCUUUUCAGUGCUUUUAAAAAAAGCAGCAGCUGAUCUGCUUUACUUGACUGCCCCAGAGUCUAGAAAAUGACCUUGCACAUCUUCCUGUUAAUCAAUAGUUCUGCCCAUAUGCCUUAAGGCUAAAUAAUUAUUGUAUCUAGUUCUACUUAACGACAGACUACUGGUUUGAAUGUGUGUAUGCUAACAUAAACAUGAGUUUUCUUUUAGAAGAUGUUUUCAAAGACUUGCAUGGCUCACAAAGCUUGAAAACCAUAGAUCUAUAGACAUCAUCCAAGUCACCUGGGACCUCCUUUCUAGGCUCUCUCAUUUACAUUGGGAGAACUGGAGUGUACAGUCAACAAAUGAAUGAAUUUGCUUAUAAAAAUGACUUAACAAAGGGAUCUUAAGAUUGUGGGUUGUGUAUGUCCCUUAAAUUCAACCUGAAAUAUCACAUUUAUGGAUACUUUAAAUGCCUAUAUGUAUAUGGUCCUUCCUUUGGGUCCAGAAAUGUAAUUCAAGGUGUGUAUAAGGAAGCCUAAAAUGUAAAUUCCACCAUGAUAUAUAUUUUGGGGGGGGGGGAAAUGCAAAUGGCUAGCACUCCAGUCCUCCUUUAGCAAGAGCCAAGCUUGUUUGAUAUUUUGAAAUGAUUGCUUUUUUUAUGGGAAUUAGAUAACUGACUCAUGUACUUGUGUUUUACCUGCUCUAAAAUUCACGUUUCCUCUCCUGUUGCUAUUCAGAGCUUAAGCCUCCGUGUGUCCAUUUGCUAUGACUGGGUGCAUCUUCUUGGUGGCUCUUUGACCCUCAUUUUACCACUCUUUCUCACACCUGAUCACCAGAGAGCUCCAACUAAAGCACAGUCCCCCUUUCUCUGUCUCCACCAUCUCACACACAUCUCCAUUGGUACAUCCUUUCUUUCACUCAAAGUCAAAACCUCACUAAAAAAUGACUUCUUAGAAUAAUUACCAAUGUCAGGCUUCCUUGACUUUAGGAAAUGCAUCUCUGAAGCAGAAGGGGCUGGAUUCAAUGGACUGGAAUUCUCUCAGAUCCAUCACAAAAGACCCAGGCCUUGCUUUCCUUCCCAACUUGUAGUAGUUUCCAAAGUGAAGACAGCAGCAGUUUUUCUUUGUCUAUAAUCCAUGGUUAGUAUUACUGACAUCUUCAAACAAACCUGGAUUUCAAAUUCCUCUCAGAAAGAUUGGGGGAUGGGAGGAGUUACAUACUCUAAAGACCUCUAUAUGGUGGUUCAAGGAAAAGGCCUGGAUCUUAGAAGGUAACAAGGUGAUUGUUUUUUAAUCCUUCAACUGCUUUGCCUCUCAGUGCCAUUCACCGUGAUGUUUGUAGGUCAGUGGUGCAACUCAACACUCUUCCUAUAAAGCCAUAAUAACAAUCGCUGGCACAACUGUUACUACAACAGAACUUCCCUGGAUUUCAUCUAUUAAUUCUUGUAGACUGGAGGAAGCUCACACCCAGCAGACAUCUGUGGCUUUCUGGACAAGGGCAAGGGAAGGAACCAGCAUGCAGUCUAUACUGCGUAGAUGCACAAAGCACGGCUCUGUGCCACGGCAGUAUUCCCAGAGGGGUAGGUGAGAAGAGAGACUUUGGGUAGGAAACAGGUCUAGAACUUCUCUCUAGAGUAGCCUUUGAUGGUUACUGAUGACAAUUCUUUCGCACCAGAUAAACUGGGUGGAUAAUUUUGGUAGUAAACUGAACUAAUCCUCAGCCAGCACAAGUGGCAAUCCAUAAAGAAAAGAGCGGCAUGUCAUCGUGCCAUAAACCUCUUCAGAAGAGGUGAUCAUGAAUUCCCCAUCCAGGGCCCAAAAGGAAAGAACAGCCUGCUCAUAUACUGUAUUCACAGUUUAAAUAAAAUCACAAAUAACCUUCAAAGACAGAAAGGAGGAGAGUAGAAGAAAGAAGGGAAGUAAUUGUAAGAGGAGAUUUUACCUUGGAAAAUGUAGUAAGCAUUCCUAAUGCUCCUCCAGCUGAUCUCGAAGAUUGCUCACACACCUAAAGCUAUUUUUUUUUUAAAUAAUCUCACUGCACUUUGAAAUUCCUGAAGGGUGGUGUGGCAGUGAUACAUUUAGAUUAUUCACUGAUUUUUUUUUCAAAUUUUAGUUUUUCAUGCUCAUAAUCUGUAAGAAUUGCCAUUUUGAGUACACAAUACACACACACACACACACACACACACACACACAAAGGUACAUACAUCAUGUAUAUACCUUUACUAAUUUUGUGGAAAACACUAUGUAUAAUAAUAAAGAGUUUCCAUUGCAUUCUUUCAGUGUGUUCAGUGAUAAAAUUUUGUGGGGAAUAAAAAUACACAUACCCUGGUUGUUGACCAUUUUCUAGAAAUUAUGAUCUUAAGCAACACUGUUAGAAAUGCCUGUGUAAAAUACCUUCUCUAGUAUCAAUGAGUCAAUGCACUUUUAAUUUAACUUUCAAAAAAGAAUGAUGCUAAACUUAAAUAUUUUUAUAUCUGUGGUGUUUUCCUAUUAUCCUAAAGUAUUGAACAAGUGACCAUAAUACCUGAUAUAAAAAGGGAAAAAUGGCCUCGUUGAAAGGUUACAAGUGAAAGAAGUUGUUUAUAAAGUUUCCUGCCAAAGAAAAUUGUUUAAAGAUCUGUAAAAUGUAGAUUCACUUCUUAAGAUUGUGAUUGUAAGAAAUUCUCACCCUAUCAUCCUCUAUCUUUUGAAAAUGAAUAUUUUGUAUUUCUAAGGACCAAGGAAAAUAUUUUUAAAGCCAAUGUAAUACACAGAAGCCUCAGAAAGGAGAGAUACAAUAAUCUACAUCAACUGCAUAAAGCUAGAUUAGAAUCUCAACAUUUGAUGACAAAUUUAUCCAUCUUUCCUAUAAUUCUUACACUAUACUAAAUUACAUUUGGGCAAUUUUAGCUGAUUCUUUCAUGUAAAAGGCACCAACAUUAAUGAUAGAUCUGGUUGAACAUGGAAAGUUAUCAUCUUCCUUUCAAGCACUUUGAGUGGAUGAAAAUUAUCAUUCAAUUUUCUCACCUAACCAUUUCACGUGAGCUAACACAGAGGUCCAACACUGUUGCAAAGAAGGCUAACAGACUAUUUGCAUCAAGGAUACUUAACCUGUGCAGUUAGCAAGAACUAGCCAUUUAAAAAUAUAUUCAACUGUUUUGUAAAUAAAAAUUUUGAUUACUAUAGUUUUGUUCAAACUACUGUAUUUUAAAAUAAAUUAGACUUUAUUUGAAUUUUUAAUGUUAUAAGUUAGAUGUUGCUUUGUUGAUUCUGUGAUUCAAUGUACACUCAGCCAUAUUCCUGUGGGAAAAUAUAAAUCCUAUUGACUUUCUUGGCAUAAGCCAGAGAUUCAUAGUUUCUCUAAGGACUUUACAUAUGAAGAAAAAAAAUAUUAAAACCCACCAAAAUGAAAUGCUAGUGAAGAAAUUAGAAGCCUACUGUAUAAAAUGUAUUUUUAAAAUCUUAAGAUAUAUGUGACUUACACUGCCUGUUAAUCUAGUCUCUUUGUGAAAUAACCACAGCAUACUAUUUGUUAAGACUCUGAAACACCAAAUAUUUGUGAUGUUUGUAUAGUACCAUUGUUAUAAUAUGUGAUUUCAAAUGGUAAACAUCUUUGUCGUAAUCACGUGAACCCACCGAAGAAUAAAUUCCUGCUGUUAUGUAAAACCAACUCUCAGAAUUCAGAUUCCCUGAAGCUGCUAUGUCACCAAUAAAUGAGAAUUAAUUGUGAAAAACAAUUUCUAAAGAAUUGAGUUUACGAUCACUGUGCAUUUUCUUAAUAAAUGAAUUCAGAGAGUUUUAUUUUUACCAGUAAAUACAACUGCUGAUUUCGACCAUACUAUCAUUUCAAUGGUUUCUAUACUCUUGAUCUAACUACCAAAAACUGGAAGGUUGGUGCAAAGUGUGUCCUAACAAAUGUACAAUAAAUGACUUUUCCUGCAUGCUGCCUGAGAUAUGUUGUAAUUUGAAAUGUCUUAUCAAAAAUUAUAUAUUUAAUAACCCAAAACUGAACUGUCAAUAUUUCUCAUGUGUUUAACUGAUGGUAUGUUAAAAUCAAAAUCAGAAGCAAUGUCUAUCAUACAUGUAUGUUACAUGUAACAUUUAAUCUUGUUGAACUGUAAUCUGUGAAGUUUUCAUUGCCUGAACUAGUCAAUUCUGUACUGUCUUAACUGUUUUCCUAAUCUUACCAUGUUUCCUAACACUGAAAUAUAAAUGUUUGUAAAUUAGCCAUUCA